AUAAUCGGCUAAGCAACACCAGAAAAAAAUCAAUUCUUUAGAAGUGUUUUUGGACUCAAACAGCAGGUAAAUAAACUUAAUGAGUAGUUUAAAAAGUGUAAGAUUAUUAAAUGUGGAUUCUGAAUAUUGAAAUCAAUUCGAUAUUUACAAAGUGUUUCUGGAAACGAAAAUAUAUGCAAAUGAAAAUUUUUCCUUGCUUGUUACACAAUCAAUUUUUCGAACUAUGUUGACUUCACACUUAUUAUCUGGCAUGCGUAGUGCUCGCACAAUUGCUCGUCGCAACUUUGGGAUUGCCGCUCCAGCACUUCAAAAAGCUUCAGAUCCAGUUCAGCAACUCUUCCUUGAUAAACUUCGAGAAUACAAAUCCAAGAGCGUCGGAGGUUCAUUAGUCGAUCCAACACCAGAAAUUAAUCGUGAAUUGCAGCAAGAACUUGAUAAGCUGUCAAGUCAAUACGGUGGCGGUUCAGGCGUUGACAUGACUAAAUUCCCAGAAUUUAAAUUCGAGGAACCAAAAAUCGACCCAAUUAACAGCGAACAGUAAAUUAUGUUUUGUGUUCUGAAAGUUUAAUUAAAAGAAAAAAGAAGAAGCAAAAAAUAAUUCUUUAGUUGAAAUAAGAAAAACAAAUUUUUUAAUUGAAAGUUUUUUGUUACAGAAGUUUAUAAAUUUAAAUAUUGUUGAUUAAUGAAUCAGUAUGUUCCUUUAGUAAAACCAUUGAAUAAGUAUCUGCGACAUGAUUAAAAGUUUUGAUAAGAUUCCGAAUUUCUUCUGGUUUGAUUAAUGUUGUGAAGCGUCCAGCACACGAACAAUUCUCGAUGAUGUUGUCUUGUUUAAUUUCCUUACAUCGGACACAUUGAAGAUCUUGCAAAGUGUACGACAUCAAUCGACGAUUUAUUGCGUCAAUCAAUCGAUUCUCAAUUUCAUCGUUGUCAUAAUUCAUCAAACAUUGCGAGCACAACCAAACUGGAUUUCCAUCUUUAAUCGCACGAUGUUUGUCUCUCAACAAAUCAACAUCACGGCAAUGAUAACAAGCUUGACAAAUCAUUUCUGAAAGAACGUAAGAUUUUCCAGGAUCCUUCCAAACAGCUUUGUCUGAGAAUUCUCCAAGUCCUACUAAUCGAAGCAUAUUUUUCCUCAACGAAUCAAGUUCGUCAUUAAUCGAUGGAUCAACUGAAAGAAUUUUACACAAAGCUUUGAUGAAUUCUGUCGCUGGUCCUUCUGAUUGUCGUCCAGUUGUUUGAUAUAACUUCAAAACAGUCUCAAAAGCAUGAUGCGAUAAAUUUUUCAAUGUUUUCGAUGCUUCUUCGCCUUUUGCAAGUUCAUUGAUGUACAUUUUAAGAAAAGCUUCAAGUCGUCGACUUGUUUCACCUUCUUGUGGUAAAUUCUCACAAAUAUUCCAAUUCAUGUCCAGUUCAUCUUCUUCAUUAACAUCUUCCGUCUCUUCCACUUCCUCCUCAUCUUCAUCAUUUCUUAAUUCUUUCGGAAGUUUUCCACGAAAACCGGAAUAAUUAAAUGAAUCCAUCCAAAGAAGAAAAUUCCAACAUUGUUGGUACGAUAAAUGAACCGAAUGAAAUAAUUCUUUACCACGAAUACUUUGGCAAAUGUAAUCAGCGUAACUUAUUCCAUCAAUAACUGAUUUCUUUCCACUAUUAAUGAUAAUUUUCGUGAAAUCAGCAUAAAUAAUGUCAACGCCAAGAUUCUUAAACUCCGAGAUUAGUUGAAGGAAAAGUUUCUUCAUUAAAGUGUUUAAUGAUCGACGAAGUGCUGGAUCAUAAAGAUAUGAAGUUGAUGAUCGAAUCCAACGAUAAAAGUGAACAAUUUGAAAAUCGCUGUAAACGUUUCGAUUGACAGAAACUUCACGCAUCCAUCCGCCGACCAUUGACCUCAUGAUGCGGAAAGCAGCUGAACAAAGCGCUGUCUCAUCAUAACUUGGAAGCAUUUGCAAUAAAUUUGGAUUUGUUAUCAUAUCAUCAAGUGAAGCUUGUGGUAUUGUGUCGAAUGUUAUCGCUGAAUUUGCGCCUUCCAUCUCUUGAAUGCGAUGACUUUGAAGAAGAGAAGAAACUGCCAAACUGUCAAUCGUAAGCUCAACACAAACAUUCGGAAAGAAACCAGAUUUACAUUGCUGAAUUAUUUUGUUAUCAUCAAAUUCACUCAACAACGUGUUGUCGUCAGUUUCCGUUCCACCAAGAUCUGGCCGACAAUUUGGCGACCACCACAACACAAAAUUAUUCUUUUGUAAAUGACGAGCGUAAAAUAAAUCAGCGCCAAAUAGAACCGUGUUGCUUGUCAUGUUACCAAUUGGCAAAUGGAAAUAUCGACAUUGCUCUAACAUUAAAUCAAGAACACGUUGAUGAUUCAAGUAGUGACGAAUCAUUGACUUGACGCCGUUUUUCUGCCACUCAAGUCCAACAAGUAAUGAAGCAUCGUCGGUUAUGUGAAACUUUGUCUGAGGGAAAUCAAGUAAAGUUGGAAUUGCAACAUUUAAUUGAUUAAUUGCUGUCGCUGAUUGAAUACAAAGAAUUGUUGGUCCACGUCGUUCUUGUUUGUAAGCUGACAAAGCUUUUUGAAUGUGCCGAUAAACUUGCUUGAUGUCAAUCUCAACAUGAACAUCAAACGAAAUGUCAUUCGGUGGAAGUUUCUCACUUUCGUCAUCGUCAUUAUCAGCAAUUAAAGCUUGUCGUUCAAUCUGAUAAAGAUUCUUCAUUGUUGGCAUUUGAUUAUUUCGAACAGAAUCAUGAACGAUGAUGAUUGCUUUCUUCAUUGGCGUCAAGAACAAUCCCCACAAGCUCUUCUUACCUGAUGGAAUUGUGUGUUGAUAUAAAAAGAUUCGACGCAACUUUUCAGCAUCUUUCAAGUAUGGUUGAUGAAUUUGACUUCGUUGUUCAAGCUGAUGAAGUGAAAAUGUGUCACCUUGACCAUGUCCACUUGGAAUUGAAGCGAUUUUCUUCGCUUCUGAUCUUUGCACAGCACACGUGCAUCCAAGUUGGAUAAGUGCACGAAAUUCAAGACUCAAUUGUGUCUCGUAAAUGCCUUCAAUGUCAGGUGCUGCAAGAUCAACAAGCAUUCCAAGUUGAUUGUCACGAAAAACAUGUUCAGGGACGUUGUAUUGAUAAAGAUUAUAAGUUGGACGUGAUCUUGGAAGAGUUCGGUUAACUUUCUUCCAUGUUACGUCACUCGUUAAAUCGUCACACAACGGCGCUAAUGUUCUUUGAUUUACAUAAAAAAUUCUCGGCACAACAAGUUUCAAUUUCUGCAAUUCAUCGCCGAUCAAAGCCCAAACAUUGAAGUUUCCAUCUUGAUCAAUUGCAACGAUUUGAAUGAUUUGCCAUGGAAGUUCAAUAAGAUUUCUUUGUGUUCGUUUAAGGAAUCCACCGAGUGAUGAAAUUGGACCGCGUUGUGCUGGAACUUCCAUCAAAGGAACGUCAUGACGUCCUCGUUUAUUUCCAACAUCACUACGAAAUUUCUUUCGACUUUCAAUCUGCCAUCGCCAUUUCUUCUUCUGAAACUUUAUCCAUUCAAUUAAUUCUUCUUUCGUCGUUCCAAUCUCUGGCGGAUUUCCUAAAGCUUCACGCCAUGUUUUCGGCUGUUGUUGUUGAUUUUCUUCUUCACAUUCUGUUCUUGUUCGUUUUCUUUUCGUUGUGACGAUUGGAAUGCCACCAGCGGUUGAUGAACUUCCAACAGUGUCUUCAAUAUCGCGAAUUGGUUUCGCUUUGAACAUGUCGUUGAUUCUUCUUUGCUUAAAAACGUCAUUUUUCUCAAGCAUUUUCUUAUGAAGCCAAUCUGGAUGUUGAACUCGUGGCACUGGAUUGCUGAUGCCUUGCAAAGCUGCUGGGAUUGUGAUGAUCUUUUGAAUUGCACCACCAAUUCGUUCGAUGUAAUAAUUCCAAUCGAGAAUAUCACGAAUAUCAACAUCGCCAUCAAUACUUGAAUCUUUCAACCAUCUUCGAAGAUGAUGACGACGAACAGCUGACUCCGAUUGAAAGAUCGCCAAUGGAAUUGCACGUUCAGUGACAGGUGCACCUUCUGGCUUUCGACUGAUGAUAUAUUUACAUGCAAGGCCAGCAUCUUUCACCAUUUGAUCACCUAAGAACUCAGCAAGACGUUUUGCUGUUGAAAUUGAUGUCGAUUUUUGAACGCCAUAGUCUUCAAGUUUUCGUGACAUUGAACGAUUCUCUGAGAUGAGUUCGAAGAGUUCUGAAUCAGGCAUAUUAGCGCCUUUGCUAAACAAUACAUCAAGCCAAUAAUUGGCGACUUUUGCAACACAUUCGUAACAUUUCUCAAGUGUAUUGCCUUGAAGAAAAGCGUUGAAGACUUG